GCUGGGAAAGGGGAAAUUCUUCCAUUUAAAGUCCAGCAGGUGGAAGGUCCAGGGUUGGGACAUCUGAAUCCCUCGCAGUGUCUGCAGACAUGGCCAGUCCUGGUGGGGGCCUCAGAACCUGGGGGAGCCUGGUGCUGCUGGGCCUGUGCAGCUGGACAGGGGCCAGGGCAGCUGCCCCCAACCCCGUCAGGAACCUGAGUGUGGAGGCCCAGACCACCAGCUCCAUCACCCUGAGCUGGGAGGCCCCUGAGGGCCUGAACCCGCAGAACUCUACCUACUGGAUCCAGUGGACUGGUCAGGGUGACAAAAAUGAGACCCGAAACACGACAGACAUCCGUUUCACAGCGGACAGACUUGACCCUGGGUCUUCGUAUGAAUUUUCCGUGUGGGUGGAGGAAGGUGGAGUGAACAGUUCCCAGAAGACCCUGAAAGCCACCACAGCCCCCAACGCCGUCGGAAACCUGAGUGUGGAGACAUGGACCAACAGCUCCAUCACUCUGCACUGGACGGUUCCCGAUGGCCCAAGCCCUCAGAAUUAUAUCUACUGGGUCCAGUGGCCUGGAGAUGGUGACAAAAAUGAGACCCGAAACACGACAGUUACCAGUUACACAGUGGAAGGACUUCAAUCGGCGUCCUCUUAUGAAUUUUCUGUGUGGGCGGAGAAGAACGGAGUACCUGGCUCCAGGAAGACCCUCGAGGGUUUCACAGCCCCCAACGCCGUCGGAAACCUGAGUGUGGAGACAUGGACCAACAGCUCCAUCACUCUGCACUGGACGGUUCCCAAUGGCCCAAGCCCUCAGAAUUAUAUCUACUGGGUCCAGUGGCCUGGAGAUGGUGACAAAAAUGAGACCCGAAACACGACAGUUACCAGUUACACAGUGGAAGGACUUCAAUCGGCGUCCUCUUAUGAAUUUUCUGUGUGGGCGGAGAAGAACGGAGUACCUGGCUCCAGGAAGACCCUCGAGGGUUUCACAGCCCCCAACGCCGUCGGAAACCUGAGUGUGGAGACAUGGACCAACAGCUCCAUCACUCUGCACUGGACGGUUCCCGAUGGCCCGAGCCCUCAGAAUUAUAUCUACUGGGUCCAGUGGCCUGGAGAUGGUGACAAAAAUGAGACCCGAAACACGACAGUUACCAGUUACGCAGUGGAAGGACUUCAAUCGGCGUCCUUUUAUGAAUUUUCUGUGUGGGCGGAGAAGAACGGAGUACCUGGCUCCAGGAAGACCCUCGAGGGUUUCACAGCCCCCAACGCCGUCGGAAACCUGAGUGUGGAGACAUGGACCAACAGCUCCAUCACUCUGCACUGGACGGUUCCCGAUGGCCCGAGCCCUCAGAAUUAUAUCUACUGGGUCCAGUGGCCUGGAGAUGGUGACAAAAAUGAGACCCGAAACACGACAGUUACCAGUUACGCAGUGGAAGGACUUCAAUCGGCGUCCUUUUAUGAAUUUUCUGUGUGGGCGGAGAAGAACGGAGUACCUGGCUCCAGGAAGACCCUCGAGGGUUUCACAGCCCCCAACCCCGUCAGGAACCUGAGAGUGGAGACACGGACCAACAGCUCCAUCACCCUGAGCUGGGAGGUGCCCAAUGGCCCUGAUCUUCUGAACUACACCUACUGGGUCCAGUGGAUGGGUGACAGUGACAAAACUGACACCCAAAGCUCAACAAACACCAGUGUCACCAUGGAUGGACUUGAACCUGGGACCUUGUACAAAUUCUCUGUGUGGGCAAAAAAGAAUGAUAUACCUGGCUCCAGCGAGAACCUCAGCAUCUCCACAGCUCCCAGUGAGGUCACAGAUCUGCAGAAGAAGACUCAGACCAACAACUCAAUCACCCUGCAGUGGGAGGCCCCUGCAGACCCCCAUGCUGACUUCUACAUAUACUCGGUCCAGUGGGCUGGUGGGGGACAUCCCCAGAGGGAGCGAGAUCCCCAAAGACAGCUGGCCUACCAGACAGGCAAGACCAAUGAGACUUGGUAUGUGGUGGAGGCCCUGGUACCUGGGACUCUGUACAACUUCAGUGUGUGGUCAGAGAGGAACGCUGUAGCCAGUUCCACACAGAGCCUCCAUGCAUCCACAGACCCGGACGCUGUCACCAUCACCUCCUGCAUCAGCACCCAGGGGGGCUACGGGGUCAUCCUGACGUGGUCCUGCCCCACAGGAGGCUACGAGGCCUUUGAGUUGCAGGUGGGUGACCAGCAGGUCUCCCAGGACAGAUCCUCCUGUGAGACGGGCGUGUCCGUGUGGGGUCUCCAGCCGGCUCAGGCCUACGCAGCCACUGUCACUACCAUCUGGUCCACAAUGAGGGCCGCGCCUGCCUCUGUGACCUGCCACACCGAGAGCACAGGGGUCAUUGCCGGGGCCAUUGUUGGUGUCCUCCUGUUCCUCACCCUGGUGGGCCUGCUGAUUUUCUUCCUGAAGAAGAGGUACAAGACAAGCCAGAAGAAGUCAGCACCCCAGGAUCUGGUCUUCAGCUUCCCAGGGGACAUCCAGGCAGCUGACUUUGCUGACCACGUCAGGAAAAACGAGAAGGACAGCAACUGUGGCUUUGCAGAAGAGUACCAGCAUUUGGCCCUGGAGAGCCAUAACCAGUCUCAAAGGGUGGCCUCAGCUCCAGAAAACAGCGCCAAGAACCGGUACAGAAAUGUGCUGCCCUAUGACUGGUCCCGUGUGCCCCUGAGGCCCAUCAGUGGGGAGCCAGGCUCCGACUACAUCAACGCCAGCUUCAUGCCUGGUCUCUGGAGCCCCCGGGAGUUCAUUGCGGCCCAGGGUCCCCUGCCUCAGACGGUGGGUGACUUCUGGCGCCUGGUGUGGGAGCAGCAGAGUCACACCCUGGUCAUGCUGACCAACUGCACGGAGUUCGGUCGGGUGAAGUGUGAGCAUUAUUGGCCUCUAGAUGCCCAGCCCUGCACCUACGGGCACCUACAAGUGACCCUGGAGGGUGAGAAGGCGAUGGAGAACUGGACUAUACGAGACCUGCAGCUCUGGCAUACACAGGAGCAGAAGAUUCUCCACGUGCGUCAGUUCCACUAUGUGGCCUGGCCAGACCACGGCGUCCCCCACUCCCCAGACCCCUUGCUAGCCUUCUGGAAGAUCCUCAGGCAGUGGCUGGACCAGACCCAGGGAGGAGGCCCCCCCAUUGUGCACUGCAGUGCGGGAGUGGGCCGCACAGGCACCCUCAUCGCCCUGGAUGUCCUGCUGCGGCAGCUGGAAUGUGAGGGUUUCCUGUCGCCCUUCAGCUACGUGAGGAAGAUGCGGGAAAGCCGGCCGCUGAUGGUGCAGACUGAGGCCCAGUACGUGUUCCUGCACCAGUGCAUCCUGCGGUUUCUCCAGCAGUCAUCCCUAGCGCUAGCCAAGGAGGAGGCCACAUAUGAGAACCUGGUCUUUGAGAAUGAAGCUGCCAUUCAUGCCUGCUAGGGGAAGCUAAGCUUUGGGGCACUGAGACCCCAGCCCAGUUAGACUUGAACUCUGGAUCCAGACUUCAGCCCAGAUUCCUGGACCCCUGGGAGAAGAGUGCUGGGGUCCCAGAUUCCCAGGUCCUGCAAGAGAAGGGGCUGACUACACUGUUUCCCUGGGGGAGAGAGGUCAGGUGGGAGCCAGGAUCCUGGUUCCUUGAAGGUAGGGAGGGGGUAGGGGAUAGGAUGUCCUAGUUUUUGGCAGGAGGAGGAUGCUAGGGGCCUGUGCUGCAGAGUCUCAUGGAAACAAACUGGGUUCUAAAGAAGGAAGGAAUGAGGGUCUGGGAUUCUGGCUACCCAAGUAGCAAGGGCAGGCAGAAUUGUGACCAUCUUUUGUUCCAGAAACCAGAUCAGUCUUCUAGGUCUCAGGUUUCCCAGCACACAUUGCCUGUACAUAUUUUUUCUUCUAUCCCAUAAUUUAUUAAAUCACUGUUCUACCCAAGACUCUUGGCCCAGU